UUUGGGCGCUCAUCAUUCAGCACAUGGCCGCGCAGUUUGGAGGUUAAGAAUCUUGUUUUGAUUUUGUGGCACCUCUAAUUUCUUUUCCAGCCUUUUUUUGUGUUAUCUCACAGCAGUCUGACGAAAAGCUUAUUUCCGACCAUGCCUGAAGCGGAGCAAAAUCCGGGGGCUGAGAAAUCAAAGAAACAGCUGAAGAAAGAAGCAAAGGAAGCAGAAAAAGCUCAGAAAAAAGCUGAGAGAAAAGCAGCAAACCCAGUUAACAAUGAAGCCACAACUGAAGAAGAUGUUUCAGUUGGAAAGUACGGUAACUUGCCAAUGAUUCAAAGUGAAAAACCCGUUGAAAGGAAGUUCAUCGAUAUCUCAGCCUUAACACCAGAAGUGGCCAAUGAAAAAGUUUGGAUUCGCGGUAGGCUUCACACGAGCAGAGCAAAAGGGAAGCAAUGUUUCAUGGUGAUAAGACAACAACACGCUACUGUCCAAUGUUUAGCAGCUGUGAAUGAAAAUAACAGUCGACAAUUAAUUAAAUUCACAUCUGGUGUAAACAAAGAAUCAAUUGUGGAUAUCGAAGGUCUUGUUCAAAAAGUGAAUCAACCAAUCGAGUCCUGUUCGCAAAAAUUAGUUGAAUUACAUGUCAGCCAGUUUUGGGUGAUCAGCUCUGCCAAAAGCCAACUGCCAUUACUCAUCGAAGAUGCAGCCCGGCCGGAGAAAAAAGACGAGGAUGCGGAAGGUUUAUCAAUCCGCGUCAAUCAAGACACUAGGUUAGACAACAGAAUUUUAGACCUUAGAACUCCAGCCAAUCAAGCCAUAUUUAGAAUUGAGGCUGAGAUUUCAAGACUUUUCAGAGAUAUCCUUUCAGAAAAGGGCUUUGUAGAAAUUCACACACCAAAAAUCAUCAGUGCAGCCAGUGAAGGGGGAGCCAAUGUUUUCACUGUCUCUUACUUCAAAGGUUCAGCUUACCUAGCUCAAAGUCCCCAGUUAUACAAGCAAAUGGCUAUCGCAGCUGACUUUGAUAGAGUCUUUACUGUCGGCGCAGUUUUCAGAGCAGAAGACAGCAAUACCCACCGACAUCUAACGGAAUUUGUUGGUUUGGAUUUAGAAAUGGCUUUCAAAUAUCAUUAUCAUGAGGUUUUGAAACUUAUCGGUUCUUCAUUCACAGAAAUGUUCCGACAGCUUCAAAAGAAAUGUGCAGUCCAGAUAGCAGCCGUAGCUGAGCAAUAUCCAGUGGAACCAUUUCAGUUUCUAGACCCUCCUCUAAUACUCGAUUUCAAGACGGGUGUUGAAAUGCUGAGAGAGGCCGGUGUCACCAUGGGGGAUGAAGAUGACUUGAGCACACCAGAUGAAAAAUUGUUGGGAAGAUUGGUGAAAGCAAAGUAUAGCACAGAUUUCUACAUUUUGGAUAAAUUCCCAUUAGCUGUGAGGCCCUUCUACACGAUGCCAGACCCACAUGAUCCGAAACUUUCGAAUUCUUACGACUUCUUCAUGAGAGGAGAGGAAAUCAUGUCUGGAGCGCAGAGGAUUCAUGACCCUGAGUUUCUAACUGAAAGAGCCAAACAUCAUGGUGUUGACAUUGAAAAAAUCAAAGCUUACAUUGAAGCCUUCAAGUACGGCUGUCCACCGCAUGCCGGCGGCGGUAUUGGAUUGGAACGUGUGGUCAUGCUCUACCUAGGACUUGAUAACAUUCGCAAGACAUCAAUGUUCCCAAGAGACCCAAAAAGGAUAACACCAUAAGGUGACAAAAUUUGUUUCUUGAUGAAAUUUCUUUGGUCGGAAAAAACUGAUCCACUAAACUUUACCAUCAAUGAAUUAGUUGUAAGGACCACAGAAUUUUUGUGAUGACUUUGUAAGUUGAAAAAGUUAUUUUUCAAAUUAAAUAAUUUUAUUUUAAUUUUA